AUGAGUGCUGCCUUCGCAAGGAGUGCUGCCUUCGCAAGGAGUGCUGCCUUCGCAAGGAGUGCUGCCUUCGCAACGAGGGCUGCCUUUGCAGGGAGUGCUGCCUUCGCAAGGGGUGGUGCCUUCGCAAGGAGUGCUGCCUUUGCAAGGAGUGCUGCCUUUGCAAGGAGUGCUGCCUUCGCAAGGAGUGCUGCCUUCGCACGGCGUGUAGCCUUCGCACAUAGUGCUGCCUUCACACGGAGUGCUUCCUUUGACAGAGUGCUGCCUUCGCAAGGAGGGCUUCCUUCGCAAAGAGUGCUGCCUUCGCAAGGAGUGCUGCCUUUGUACAGAGUGCUGCCUUUGCAGGGAGUGCUGCCUUCGCAAGGGGUGGUGCCUUCGCAAGGAGUGCUGCCUUUGCAAGGAGUGCUGCCUUUGCAAGGAGUGCUGCCUUUGCAAGGAGUGCUGCCUUCGCACGGAGGGCUGCCUUCGCAAGCAGGGCUCCCUUCACAGGGAAUGCUGCUUCGCAAGGGGUAA